CCAAUAAAACCCAAGAAAAAACCAAACAUAUAUGCACACAAACAAUCAAGUUAAAAGGAAAGCAGGGCAGAAAGAUUGGCAAGAAGAAUGAAGUUCAGAGUCAAGGCAUGGAGCAAGACAGGGCGGUCAAGAGUUGGGGAGUUAGAGCUGGGCAGCUGCCCCCAUACAUUCGAGACACCUGCCCUCCUUCUCUCUACUCGAAAAGGGCUGCCCCAUUUUAUAUCUCCUCAGCUUCUUCCCUCUCUCCCUUCCCCUGACUCUUUUCUCCUCCAAUGCAACCCUCUUCACUUCAUAGAAGGUAUACCAUUUGAAACGGUUUCGAGAAUCGGAGGCCUGCAUGAUAUGCUUGGUUUGCGUGAAUAUGCAUUAGCAGCUGCGCCACGGGAUUCGGAUGUAUGUAUUCCAGAAAGUAAUAGCAGCAACAAGUUUGGUGCUUCUUUUGAAACCCCCUCUGGCCGUCACUUGAUAAAACCCAUUGAAUAUAUGAAAAUGAUAUCCUCCACGAAGCCAGACUUAUGGACUACUUUAGCUGAUGAAGUGCCUGCUUGGGUGUCACAAAAGAGAAACAGAACCUCAGUUGAUCGAACUGUGAAAUGGCUUGAUGAAUGCAUUGGCCAAAAUGUGACAGGUGGAGCUGUAUUUGGAUCCAUCGUUGGAGGCUCAAGCAUUGAAGAACGUCAGCGUUGUGCACAAGAAAUAGCAAGGCGGAAUGUAUCAGGUUAUUGGAUAGGAGGGUUUGGGCUUGGCGAGAGCAUGGAACAGCGUCCAGCUCUUCUGCAUGCAGUUGUGACUAAUUUACCAGAAGAAAAGCCACGACAGAUAUUUGGCCUUAGCCUCCCAGAGGAGGUCUUACAGGGUAUUUCUGCUGGUGUUGAUCUAUUUGAUUCCACGUAUAUAUAUGAUCUGACAAUUGGAGGGUUGGCACUUACUUUUCCGGUCAAUGGAACUGAGCCACAUCCUUCAGAUUAUCAAUUAAAUGACAAUGUCAGCGAUUUCACAAAGAUUAAUCUGAAAGCUACUAUAUACAGGAAAGAUGAGUCGCCAAUACUUGAUAGCUGCAACUGCUAUACUUGCCAAAAUCAUACAAAGGCAUAUAUUAAUCAUUUGCUUAAUGUUCACGAGAUGUUGGCUCAGACUCUGCUAGAAAUUCAUAACACACACCACUAUUUGGCACUAUUUCGCACAAUCAGAGAAGCAAUUAAAGGCGAUAGAUUUGAAGAAUUCAAACACAAGUUCAUUCAGGGAAGACGUGAGGCUUCUGUACUUUAGAUUUAUAGGAAGGGAAUUUGUUACCAAAGAUGUAAAAGAAAACGCAUCAUGCAAAAACAUUGUUCCAAGUCUUUAUGAUAUAUAUUUGCUGGUAGUACCUC